UAUACUUACGGCUGAAACGAGGCCGUCCUGGCCAAUGACAGAGGCCGUACGGCGAAAGAGCAGAAACGGUCUCCCGGGAAGAUGGCAGCCCUGGUCCAUCCACAGGUUGAUUGGCAGAUGCUGUGACCAGAAGCUCUAUACUCCAGGCCCUGUCCCUUGAGCUCUGCCCUCGGAUGUUCCACCGCCCAGAGCGUGCAUGCGCCGUGGGGCGCCCCAGGACCAGGAGCUGGUGGGUUCGGGGGCUCCUGGGCGGGGGUCCCGGGGCGCCCCUCCUCUCUCGGGACCUGUUGUCCCGGUUCUCGUCUUUCCCCCGGAUCUAGUAUUCAGGGCGGACCAGCGGAGCGGACCCCGGCAGCUGCUGACCCUCUAUAACCCCACGGGAGCAGCGCUUCGCUUCCGAGUCCUGUGCACAGCACCUGCCAAAUACACAGUGUUUGACGCGGAAGGAUAUGUGAAGCCUCAAUCCUGCAUUGACAUUGUGAUUCGCCACGUGGCCCCUAAUCCCAGCCAUUAUGACGUCCAGGACCGCUUCCGCAUUGAGCUGUCUGAGGAGGGAACAGAGGGCCGUGUGGUGGGGCGCAAGGACAUCACCUCGGUUCUGAGGGCCCCUGCAUACCCCCUUAAGCUUCAGGGACAGCCUGACCCAACACCCCACCCAGGGCCUCCUUCCUGGACAGCACCACCCACGGCCCAACACUUCCCAGAAAAUCCCCACCCUCAACUAGCCACCAGCUCCUUCCUCCUCUUCUUGCUGACGGGCAUAGUCUCUGUGGCCUUCCUGCUUCUCCCGCUCCAGGAUGAACUCGGCAGCCAGCUGCCCCAAAUCCUGCACGUCUCCCUGGGACAAAAGUUGGUGGCAGCCUACGUCUUGGGCCUCCUGACCAUGGUGUUCCUCCGGACCUGAGCUCCAAGCUUAACCUCCAGCCCCCUCCCUGGGCAGGGACAUGGACCUGGACAUGAGACAGCCACUGUGAUGCUCAUAACCUUGCCUCAGCUCCUGCUUCCUUCUUCCUCCUUCCUGCCCUUACCCCACCCCCAAAACCCAGGGAUUUGUAUUCAUUUUCCAAGUUGAAUAAAAUAAAUUUGUAAAAUUGAA